AUGGAGGAGGUCAAGCCUAUCAACACAGUCUUUUUACUUCAACACCCUCUCGCGAACCCCAAGGACCCUCCUGUCGCCAUCCCUACUACUUUACCUCGACAACGGCAACAGGGCUCCUCCACGAUCCAACAACAACAACAACAACAACAACAGCAGCAGCACCAGGUACCACCGACACCGACCUCACUACCUUACUCCCUCUCUCCUCCAGGAUCCCCGCUCUUUGGAGCAGUGAAAUCAUCCUCACAGUCGUCCACCUCUAAUCGCCAGAAUACUCGCUUGCACCACUAUCAACAGCACUCGAACCCGCUGUCCAUAGGACCACCAUCACCCUCGUCUUCGUCGUCAGCGACAACAGCAGCGACAACGACUGUCGGAGGCGUCGGUGGAGGCAGUAACAGCAGCGGUGCAGGCACAUUUUCUUCCAAGGCCCUGAACGCCCAACAACAUCAACAACCUCAACAACUAUCCCUUGCUCGUGAUCUGACGACGCGGCUCUGGCAGCGUGAAGCCGAACUGCAGACGAUGAAGGAGCUCUAUGACGCUAAGAUCAGGAGAUUGACUGAGAUGCUGCAAGAUGCAGGCGUGUCCCCCACCGAGGUCGAAAACAAUCUGGCAGUCGUGGUUGAGCAGGAGGAGACAGAGGAAGCAAAGUUGAACCCCCUGUUUGGUGACCACCAACUUUCGGUCACGAGCGAUGAACACCAUGUGGAGCAGUUAAGCAUUACUGCUCGUCGGAGAGGAGGAGGGGUAUCCAGGGGUGUUGUUGCUGCUUCUGCUAAUCAUAGUGAUACAGGUGUUGGUCUGAGUGGAUGUGGCAGGCGUAGUGGUGUUGUUGGGUGUGAGAACGACGAGGAUCCUCUUAUGGGUGUAGGGGGUGGUCUAUUUGGGGACGACGACGAGGAAGACUGCAGUAGCAGUGUCAUCUUUCGAGAAGGCGAGGAAGUGGAGGAGGAAGAGGAUGAAGAGGGUGAGGACCCGUCCGAGUUCAUGUCCAGUUCAGGGUCCCUCUCCCUCCAAUCCAGCUGUACGACCCAAUUGACCAAGUCUGACCUCUGUCAACAUAUCAUUGGCACCAUGGAACCACAACCACAACCAGAACAACAGCAGCAACCUAAACGACAAAAACACUCUGAUUCUCCUUCCCCUCCCACUCCCUCCAAAGGACCGUCCGCCUUCCCGACAUCAAGGCGUCGUUCCCGUCCACCACGCCCCUUUUCACCCACCCCAAGCGAUAUCUCAACUGCCUCCCACCCCGUGUAUUCUUCGUCUACCUUACCAUACAAGUCAGCGGACCAACCACCCAGACCCGCCUCAUCCCUUUUCCCAACUGCAGCUCGUCCAGCCGAGGCCAAAGGUUACAGCGCUGGAGGGAGUCAAAACCCAAUGCCGUCCUUCCUUGUCGAAUCCCUGGCCGCGGGCACGUUGGGGAUGAAGACCCUGCGUGAGAAAUGGGCGUUGGCGUCAGGAGUACUGACAUGGAAUAAACCAAAAUCAGAGCAGAGCAACAGCCACAGCCGGAGCAGCAGCAUUGUGACCAGUCCCAGUGGAUUGUUUAUCAGGAACGAGGGUAUCAUGAACGACAAGAAGCCUGCCCUUGUCGAGACUUGCUUGCCUUCGCCUUGGACAGACAAUGUGGCACCCUUGUCAGAGAGGAGGGCCAAGGACGACAAGGACAGGGAGCGGGAUGACGAGGGGAUUAUGGACAGGGAGCGGGAUAUCUGGAGCAGCAUUGUGUCACCCACCAACAAGAAAGCCAGCACCAAAAGCAAGCACAUGAGCCACUCGCUACCGCCAAUAAGACCCAUGUCGGAAGUGGGUGGUCUGGGCUCGCCUUCCAAGUAUCCUGCCUUGACGAUGGCUCGGGACAUUCCUCGACCGCCCAUCUCACGCAUCCACGACUACCUCAUGCAGCCCAACACGUACAGCCCCUCACCCUUGCACUACAGGGCCAUCUCCAUGGCCGCCAACCUUAUCGACACCGGCGCCAUUACUCCAGCCCGACUCUACGCUCGACGGACGCAGACCAUGAUUGCCAAGUGGACGCUGGGCUUGAUCAUGAACAGUAAACCGACACGACCACACCAGAGUUCGUUCCCCAUAAUCCGGGAAUCUCUAUCGUCAGAGCAGGAAGACUUACAGGGCCACUCUCAUUUCGAUGGACAGAACGGAAGCAUGGACGAUUCGACAAGCGAGAGUUGUGGACUGGAGAUGGUAUCGAGCUUUGACCGCCGUUCAGGAACACUCAACCCAACAGAGCUGCCCAAAGCGCUCUCCUUCAAGAGUCAUGCGAUGGUGCCGAGCCUAUCCAGUUCGUCUUAUCCGCACUCGUCUUCCACACUCGGUUACCAGCAACAAACUAUGAUUUCGAGUCGCAACGUCGUUGAGUUGUCAGAUAUAAGCUCUCCACCUUUAUCGAUGUCGCCAACUACUUCUUAUUUGGGCUUGGGCGAGCCUGGAAAACCUCUCACGGAUCGGUACGGGUUCUUGAUGAACGCGAGGCCCAUGGCGGUACAGCAGGGGUUGAUGAAGCUGAACGAGACCUAUGCGGGGGACGAUAUGGAUUCACCGAGUUUUUACAGGACCGUGGGUGCUUUGCGUCGCGAUACCAGCAGCGACGGUGGCAAAUUUGAGUAUCUGCAGACAUCUUCAGAGGAGUUGGAGCGGUCGUCGUCGCCACCACCAGUGGUCUCGUCCUUUUAUUUUGGUCAUACGCAGCCAGGAUCGGGAGUCACCUCAGUCACCGGGAAUGCAACGACAUCAGCCACCUCACUUCCGAUGAGUGUCACGUCUCCUAUCCUCUCGAUGGGCACUCGACCGACUUCGACCUUGUCACCACCAACAUCCUCCUCAUCGAAUGUCACCGCACUCCUUUCGCAGAUCAAGGUCCUACACGACAAUGUCCAGAUGACACAGAAGGAGAAAUGGGACGCGUUCUUAAGGAAGAGGCGGAGACGUGUGCACAUGGGCGAGACGAACGGAGGCGCUUUGGCCAAUAUGUCGAGCAGCAAUUUGGGGUCGCCACUGAUCUUUGGAAACUUGAUGCUGUCGCUGGAAGAGCACGAGCAGGACGAGGACGAUCGGAUGUACUGGACGAGUGUCUGUAUCAUUGGCAUGGCGACUAUUGGACAAGGUGCUGACUGGGAAGAGUUGCGCGAACUUGUUCGCGGUGGCAUUCCCGUCAUGUACCGAAACAAGAUCUGGCAGGAGGCAUCAGGAGCAUAUGAUAUGCGCCAGCCUGGAUAUUACAGAGAGCUGCUUUCACGACAACCUCCAGAGGAAUGCCAGUGCUGGGGAGAUAUCGAGUUGGACUUGCACCGCACGUUCCCAACGAACAUCCUCUUUAGCCCCGGCGGCCACGGAAUCGAGAAGCUCAAGAAUAUCCUUCUCGCCUACAGCAUUCACAACCCAUUGGUGGGAUACUGUCAAGGAAUGAACCUCCUCGCAGGAACCCUUCUAUUAACCAACAACACCGAAGAAGAGUCCUUCUGGAUCCUGGUCUCCAUGCUGGGUCGCCGUAUGCCCGAAGACUACUUCACUCAACAGCUCCUCUCCCCACAGGCAGACCAACGCGUCCUCAAAGAGCUCGUCCAAGAGAUCAUGCCCCGACUCAGCCUACAUUUCCAGGAGAUGCAUGUCGACCUGACCGCGGUGACCUUCAGCUGGUUCCUGACCCUGUUCACAGACUGUCUGCCAGUUGAGACGCUCCUCCGAGUCUGGGAUGUGUUCUUUGUUGAAGGUAUGAUGGUCGUCUUCAAGAUUGCGGUUGCGAUCCUGUGGAUGAACGAGAAGGAGAUCCUGAAGUGUCGCAAUGGGGCGGCGGUGUAUUGUUAUAUGAAGCAGAUGACGCUUGUCAUGCACCAAGCCGAUAAGCUCAUGAAGGUCGCGUUUGUGACACUAAAGUCGUCGAUCCAUCCAGAAAAGAUCGAGGCGAAGCGUCAGCGCCACCAACGGAGUGUCCGACAGGAACUGCUUCAGGAACAACAGAUGCUAAAGAUGCGAGCUUUCACUUGUGUCUCCCCAACACCACCCUUGCCACCACCGUCGACCCUUGACAAAAAGACUACCAUUAGUUAA